UCGUAACUGCAGCAUGUCCCGCCUCCUCUCCCCAGCAGUGACGCGCACACAUACACAAACACACACACACAAACACACACACCACACGCGCAAACUCUGCCCUGUCCUCUACACUCGGCCCCCGAGGAUAACUUCUUUCUUUUCCCCCUGCACGGCCCUCGUCACUUCACCUGGAAGGAAAAGGAGCAGGCCCACUACUUCACUUCAACCUCCAUCUUCAACUUCUCCGCAGAGGUAAGAAGACGAGCCUCCACCUGCUCCGGAUCCGGGACACACACCACACCGCGCGGCAGGUGUGACAACAGCCAUGUUACUACCUUCGUCUCUACUCCUCCUCCUGCUUGGCCUCCUCUCAUGGAGUCCCUGUGCAUCGUGCGCUAAAGUGAUCGUGGUCCCGCCCAUCAUGUUUGAAUCUCACCUCUACAUCUUCAAGACUCUGGCCACGGCUCUGGAGCAGGAAGGCCAUGAGAGCCAUUUCCUAGUUUCCGAAGGUCGUGAGGUUCCCUCGUCUCCUCACUACCACUUACAGCGCUAUCCAGGGAUCUUUAACAGCAGCACGGCUGACAGUUUCCUCCAGUCCAAGGUCACCAACAUCUUCUCGGGCCGUCUGACAUUUCUGGAACUGUUUGACAUUCUUGACCACUACUCUCAGAACUGUGAUGCUGUUGUUGGCAAUGCUGAGGUGAUGAAGCGGCUCAAGGAGGCCAAGUUUGACCUGCUGCUGGUGGACCCUAAUGAGAUGUGUGGCUUUGUGAUUGCUCAUAUCCUGGGCGUGCAGUAUGCUGUGUUCAGCACAGGUCUGUGGUACCCCGCUGAGGUCGGUGCCCCGGCCCCUCUAUCGUACGUACCUGAAUUCAACUCGCUGCUGACUGACCGCAUGUCUCUGCUGCAGAGGAUCACAAACACAGCCGUGUACCUGGUGCAGCGCUUUGGAGUCCAUUAUAUUGCAUUACCCAAGUAUGACCGGAUAAUGAAGAAACAUGGGGUGACGCCUCAAGUAGCCAUGGCUGACUUGGUGCAGGGCAGCCAGCUGUGGAUGCUAUGCACUGACAUGGCGCUGGAAUUCCCCCGGCCCACCCUGCCACAUGUGGUGUACAUAGGAGGCAUCCUCACCCAGCCCCCCAACCCACUGCCACAGGAUUUCGAGGCGUGGGUCAAUGACACAGCGGAGCAUGGCUUUGUGGUCGUGUCGUUUGGAGCUGGAGUCAAGUACCUAUCCCAUGACAUUGCUCACAAACUGGCAGGAGCCCUCGCCAGGCUGCCGCAGCGUGUCGUCUGGAGAUUCUCUGGAGUUCCACCCAGUAACCUUGGCAACAACACCAAGCUUGUGGACUGGAUGCCUCAGAACGACUUAUUGGGCCACGCCAACACAAGGGCCUUCCUGAGCCACGGCGGCCUGAACAGCAUCUACGAGGCCAUGUACCACGGGGUGCCGGUGGUGGGUGUGCCCCUGUUCGGAGACCACUAUGACACCAUGACUCGUGUGGCAGCCAAAGGUAUGGGUGUCAUGCUACACUGGAAGUACAUGACCGAGGAAGACCUCUAUACAGCCUUGACCAGCGUCAUCAAAGACACCAGGUACCGCCAGCAAGCGCGUCUUCUCUCCAACAUUCAUAAAGACCAGCCAGGCCACCCCGUGACCAGAGCAACCUACUGGAUUAGCUACCUCAUCCGUCACAACGGUGCCAGCCACCUGCGUUCCGCCGUGUACGAGGUGUCCCCCUACCAGUACUUCCUGCUGGACGUGAUCGUCACCGUAGCAGCUGCCUUGGCUCUGACCAUCUUCGCCCUCAACAAGUUGGCACGGUUGUUGAGAGGGAAAGUGGAGGACCAGGGCAGAGGAGUAGGUAACACCAGGGAUGAUGCUAACAUGGCCAACGGACAUUGCCAUAAUGAGAGCAUGGCCAACGGGAAACACAAACGCAAUGGCUCCUUGAAAACCGAGAAGAAGAUGAAUUAACGUUUGGAGUGGCCAAGAGGGACGAGGAAGAAGUUGCCCUAAGGACUCAGCUCUAGGUUUGGUUUAGUGAUUUUGUACAAGCUUGAAAAGAAAGCUGUUCUUAGGUCUGCGUCAAGAGGCAACUGCUACUCCGAGCGAGAGGGUGUUGGAGAAUGCACAAUGCAAUGUGUGUGGGGACAGAACAAGGCAUUGGGUGCUCAGAAUCUGUGUGUGUGUGUGAGUGUGUGUGUUUGUGUGUGUGUGUGUGUGUGUGUGUGUAGGUGUAUUUGUACGUGUGCACUGAGGCGAACUUAACAAGAACUCAUAACAACAGCAGCUAGCGCAACUCAAAACCAAAUUGGAAAGUCAAUGAGGAUGAAGCACAGGAAAGACACAUCGGAGGACGUUGUUUCUACAUGUGUGUGUCUUCUCUCCUGCGUGUUCUCUGUCGUCUUCCUGCCUGAAGAGGGGGGAAAUCCUGAGCGCCAACCCCUCAACCUCAGAACAAAAGCACGAAAUAUUUAGGAUUGAAUGUUUUUAACUGGACAAACUCUGCUUCAAAGUGUGUAAAUACAGGAUAAAUCUAUUUAUUACUGUAAAGAAAUGCCUUUUAAAUGUGGACCUUUCUUCUUUUAAGUUAUUACAUGUGUUAGUGGUGUGAUAGCAUGGUUGUAGACACUCCCUCUGCUAAGCCAAUAUACACACAACACUGUGUCCUUCAUAUUAGAGAAACAUCAGUAAAAAGCAGCAGUUAUUGUAACGCCUGGGCCACACUGGGUGUGUGUGCAGCACAUGGCGGCUGUGUCGCUGACCUGCUGCGUCUCGCCUGCAUCUGUUGUUCACACAGGGAGUAUGACUGCUGCAUGCCUUCUGCGGAGCUGCUACGUGUUUAUGUACCUUUCUGAUUCUUUUACUUUGAAACGGGUACAGGAAGUGUUGCAAAUAUUUAUAUAUUUGUGACAUAUUCGUCAGAUAGACAUCGAAAAUGUGGUGAAAGAUUGUUUUUAUGUCUAUUUUGCUGUGAACCGUGGGUGGUACGCAGAGAAAAUAGGCCCCAACUCUUGAGAAGAGCGGCUCACACUCAGGAGAUCUGUGUCUGAGACGCGCCGCUCUCGUAUCCAGUGUGGCCCGGGUGUUAGGAUGCAUCAUUCACCUGCGCUGUCGGCAGCUGCAACCAUCCACAGUAUCACGGUGGCCUUGUUUUUCUUUUUAAAACCAAUCAGUUGAAUAUAUUUGUCAGCGUUUCCCUUUUCACAUGAUAGUGCCAACAUGGGACUGUUUGUUCUGGUAGAGAAUAGCUCCACUGAUCGCUGUUUGGCUUAUCAGUGUGAAAAGGGCGAUCAUGUUAUUAUCAAAAAGAUAUAAUAAUAAUAAUAAUGACUAUAACUACUGCUGAUACUGUGGAUAGGCAGGGCUCAGGUGAUCAGGGAUGAGUCAGAGCAUCAUUGAUUUACGAUCACUUGCCUCAUCAGUUCUAUGCCUUAAUUCUUCCCCCCUUAUCUAUUUAUUGAUUAGUAAGCAUUCAUCACUUGAUUGCCAUUUUUAGUGCGACACUUGACUUUGUACAUCAAACCUCUGUGAUUGAUUUGUUGGAUCAUUUGUCUUGAAUGCUAGUUUUAAAACGACACUGUUCACUCAGCUCUUCUCUCCUGUAAGGUAAAGUCCGAUUUAUCUCAUUCAGGUUCAUGUGCAAACUAGGUGGAGCUUAUAAAUAAUUAUAUUAACUUUGAGUGAGAAUGAUUCACAUUCUGUAUGUGGCCUUUUAUAAUGCAGAUGUUUGUGUAUGCAGUAUGCUUGAAUACCAAUGUGUGUGUGUUGUCUCAGUGCUACAGCUUAAGCCAGAGUUUGGGUGAAAGCAGAUGAAGUAUGUUUUAUCCCACCGAGAGUCAUGUUAAAACGAUUACUGACAUUUUACUCUUUCUCUGAAUUCAAUUCAUCAUGCAACAGAUCCACAUGUAUGUCCAUGAUAAGGAUUCUUUGUUAUUUUCUUUCAAUAAGACUGAACUGGAACACAUCUUUACGUGUAUGCUCACUACACAUUUGUUUUACUCUUGUUUCUUGGCCAGCGUGAAGCAGCCAUGUCUAUUCAUUCCAAGUGCAGAUGGCGGAAGUGUGUAAGAGAAAAGAUCAUCCAUGCUGCGAAAUUCUCUUGAACCAGGGAGAUCAACUUACAGGGGAAAUUAGAAGGGUAUCUGGAGUGUGUGGAGAUUCAGGUAUCGUGGUUAUAAUUACAUUUCAAAAAGAGCAGCGGCUCAUGUACAUUCAUGCAUCAAUCCAUCUUCUUAUACUUAAAGGGUUGAAGAGGGGGGUGGAACAAAUCUCAGCUGACACUGGGCGAUUGACAGGUACAUCUUGGACUGGGAAUGGGACGUAAAAAUCUCAUGAACGUUACACUUCCAGUUGGACAGUUUGUGAAACUCCCAGGCCAGACGUACUGUUCCAGACACGUACCUUUCACAUUUGCAAAUUGCAACCUCAUUUCCUGCAAAAACCCUAUUUACCAACUUAAUAACACCUCACGUGUAAACAAAGAGAGCGAUGUAAAUUUAGAGGUAUCAGAGGAGAUCAACUUAACCUGUCGAGGUUGAUGAACAUAACAACAUUCAACAUCCAACGUUUUCACAAAUCCUGUACGAUAUUUGAGAAAAGCUUCAUUAUCCUCCUUUUUCUGUGAGCUACUCUAACACCUGCACAGCCCAACCCCCCAACUUGCUUAAAACAGAGACUUUUAUACUUGAAUCAUCAUCUUCGUCAUCGUCGUCAAUUUAUAAGCUGUUGGGUAUUUGGGGUUAGUGCCGGGGUUUCACAAGCUAUGACCAGGGUUAGGAGAGGGGGGGGAAAAAGAGUUGUGAAUAUAUAUAUUUUUUAAUUGUUUCAGUAUUAAUGUUGUUAUAGCCCUCGUAGUGAAAUGCUUUCCAUCCUUUAAUUCUCUCUUACGUCUCUGUAGUCACUCUGCAGUCUGACAUGUCUGUGUCUCAGCUUGAACACGUUCUUUGUUGUCCGUCUUCAAAUGUCCACUCGUCUGUUCAAUUUGUCCACCUCUGUUUUCUUACCCUCAACUUCCUGGUGUGUCGUCUUUCUCUUCUUGUCUUUUUCUUCUUCCACCCCCUAUUCAAUAUCUCUGCUAGUUAUGUUUUUAGUUCAUUUAACUUUUAUUUUAAAAAUACAUUAAGUCCUCCAUUUUUCUUUCAUGUGUGUCUAUGUUGUACAUAGAACAAUGUAAACAAAAUACUAAUGCUGAAUAAAAAUGACAUAUUUUGUUUGCAGCGA